GUCAGACUGCUCAGAAACAAACAAGCCGCUCGUUUCCGAUAUGAAUCCGAGCUCUUGCUGCCAGUGGUCGCUAUGAUCGGGCCAGCCUAUCCUAUGUCCACUCACUUCGAUAACGUGGUCAGUAUGUACCGGACAUCUAUCUGACCGGAAUAUCACACAGUAUGGAGCUGUUGCUGGGAGGUAUCCAGGUGACGCUGAGGCACAACCUAGGCGUCCUCCUGUUAUGCGACGUCCUCAUCCUCAUCCUCAACCUCAUGGUCAUCCUGAUCAUCCUCAUGUCGGAGAGGUUCAGGAGCUCCACCAAGCACCUGCUAAUUGUCAAUCUAGCCUUUGCCGACCUCCUAAUAGGGGCUAUAGUGAUACCUCUUUAUGCAGACUAUGGGGAGAAGGGAGAGUGGCAGUUCCCCUGCGCUUUGAGGAACGCACUGACUCUGCUCCAGAUAAACAUCCUUCCGUCUAUAACUACAUUAUGUGUGUUUGUCAUCAAUAUGGAUUACGUGUUCAGGAUGGGGUGCUAUUUGUACACAAACGGUAAGACAAAGUACGUGAUGUCUGGUUCAAUGGGUAUUUUACCCUGGUUGAUAUCCGGGGCGCUCCUGGUACCACUAUAUUUCAUGGCCACAGAGCCGGGUCGUCCAUAUGACGUACUUCCGUGCGUCAGGAGGUACAAGGAAGACGUCACGGCACUGCUACUCAUAGCCUUCUCGUUCUUUCCCCAAAGUUUCGUCAUCAUGGUCACUGGAAUUGCUUCUGUCAUCGGAUACCUCAUCAAACGGCGCUCCACGGGGCUGGACAUGUUUGGCGAGAGAAUACACUCACCAGUGGACAUAAGCAUGGUCAGUUUUGUCACCAUCCUUUUCUAUACCCCGUACUUCUGUCUGGCUGUCCCCGUUAACCGAAUAAGCUGCAGCACAUCCUCAGAGUGUGAAGUCCUUCAUACCAUUGGCAUUAUGGCCAGCUGGUUGUUUGUCAUCAAGUCCUUUGUCGUGCCCUUGUGUUGGUUCUGUUCUAGAGACUUCAGAGCCGCGUUCAGGAAUAUUUGCUGUUGGUGUUGCUGCUAGUGACAUCGUUGUCGACAUCUGAGUUUGGUAGCAUCGGUUACUGCUAUUGACCGCAUCUUUGUCGACGAGUUUGGUAUCAUCUGCUGCUGGCGAUACCACAUCAUGUUUGACGAUUUCAGAUCUGGUUACGAAGGCCGACAACACAGCAUUUUGCGAAUAGCUUCAGAUUGUGCAGCUAGAACGAAGUCACGGAACAAUCCCCUGAAUGUGUGAACAUCACGUUGGUACUGAGAAAUGAUAAACCCAUGUUGUGUCCUAACUGUGUAGGCCUUAUGUACGAUGGACCUGUGUUGUAUCGCCUGCUGACAAUAUAGGUGUUCGAAGGUUACCAUAUUGAACUGAUACUAGACCAGCGGUCCCGGUUUGACGAACGCACUGAAGCAGAUCCACAUGUAUUUCUUCAACUGGUAGAACUGACCUAAAGUAACCAACAUCCAUUGCCUGCUGCAAUGCAAGGAACGGUAAACAAGCAUUCACACAACGUGACACGUAACUUGUUCUGCAUGACGCAAGGACUGUACUGUUCUCUCACACUGAUGGACAUCGAGGAACAGUGUGUGUGUGCAGGGUGAAAGUGGGGGCGGGGGUACCUUGAGGAGGUUUGCACAAAAAGACCAAGACCAUAACAUCGCAGACAAGCCAGGUCUUGUUUGUUUCACUCAACCUGGAUUAGAAUAAAUACUUGUAUUGAAUGCCCGUUGCCUUAUGUAAGAUGUUUGUUGUGAGUAUGUACUUAGGAACUACCCUUGCUGCGUGUAUCAUAUGUGACGAAGUGCUACAAUGUCUGCGGUAAUGUGAAACGUUGUUUGACCAAUCCACGUACAAUUCAAUGACCAGCGUAUUGAAUUUGUUUUUAGUAAAAACUGAGCUAAUAUUAUACUUUUCAAUUUAUUUUCGGGACAAAUUUGGUUUUCGGUCCCUCAUACAGUCAAGGCAAUUCCUAACAACAUAUGAGAAAUCAGGCGUUUGCAGACCUAAGUAGUUCACUACUGAUUGUACAUAGUGAGUUGUGUCACUACUGAUUGCACACAGUGAGUUGUGUCACUACAGGCUGUGUAAUGCUGACGGGCGAGGCACUCCACUCGUCUGGCUCCUGGAGUUGGACGCUGAUUGAUGGAACCAGGCGGGACAGUUGUGACAAGCGAUAUACACCUAACGUCCUCUGUGUUAUUUGUGGUUUAUGGAUUGUGGUGAUGUUUUAGGAACGGGACAAGUCUCAGAGAACAGACGAGACAGCACAGAUGUGAUGGAGAAAGUCUUAAGACUCCUUUACAAGGAGCAAGUUACAGAACACAAUUUGUUGGACUGACUGAUGGUACCUUUCAUCGAAUAUGCAUGCUUAAUGGUCGUGACUUAGACCACAUGGACUUAAAUUACUGCUAUGUCCACAGAAAAACUAUGCGUUCUGUAUAAGAAUUCACUUGUAUUGGUGUCUAACUAAUAUUAAUGUUACUAUUGACACAUAAACUGUCAGACAAAAGAAAGUAAACACUUUAAAAUUGGAAGUGACAAAAAAAAUACAAACGUUAUGAAACUACACAAAUAGUCGCCGAAACAUUGCAGACUUAGGUCCAAAACACAACUGUGAUAUCCGUAUCAAAUAAUUCCCAUCGAAUAACCAUUUAUUUUUUCUUUUCUUUUCUAUAUUGUUUAUUUGAUAACGAAAUCGUGAAUUCUUCUGUAUGGUGACGGAUAGCAUAGUUUCUGUUAGACCAUGUAUAAUAACUUGGUUGACGGAUUUGUGGAAUACAAACAUAGAUGAUCGAAGUGUAAUUGCAGUAAUCUAUUUAACGUAAUUUUUUUUUAUCAAGAAAAAGGUUGACAUAAAGAUAAUGAAAUUGAAGAAACGGGCUACACGAGGAGUUCAAGGGUUACCUCCCUUUUCCUAUAUAUCGGCUUUGGAUUAAUUUUAUUCAUGAAGGUUGUUCUCUCGGCGGGACGAUGUUUUCUUUUCCUUUAACAUUUUUUAUAUAUUUAGGAUAGCGGAUCCGUAAACUAAGUAAUAAUAAAUGGCGGUACAUAUAGCGCCGUGUGUAAUUCACACAUAGCAUCACGUACAGUCGGCACUGGAAGUAAGACAACAUAAUAAAAUUAGGCGUUGUGAGUCAUGCUCUAUCUUAGCCUGUAGCGGAAGAGAAUAAUGUAGAAAAGUUUAAACAUGAAUGUUGGUGUCAAGAAUACGGUAGUAACGCAUCUAUGCUGCACAGAGUGUGAUAGGGAUACUGGGCUGUUCAUUUUGUGCAAGGCGUAUGCCAAGGAUGCGCAUGAUUCCUUGAUGAGAAUCGACCCUAGUGGUUGUGUGACGAGCUCACGCACACACCACCGUGCCACCGCGCAUAACCAACUCUCUAGGACUGUCAACCUCUGAUUGGAGUGAAAACGUUAAGAAAACAGUUUAAGCAGAUCAUAAUCAUCGACAGUUUAUAUGUCUGAAAAACCUGCAUGUAUCCAUGGUAGCAAAACGAUUAUUUAUUUACCAAUGCAUGUAACAAUUAUGAAGAAACAUAAUGAAUUGUAAACACAGCUAACCGAUACUCUUUACUUGCAACAUAAGAAACGUCGUUUAUCAGUAACAUUUGAAAUGCUAUCCAGUGCUUAUUUUGUCAAGAUCAGCUCCUCCUAAGAAAUGUUCCCUUAACUACUUAAACGAGCAUCGUUCAGGUUAAUGAAGAUCUUGGCUGAUAUUGAUGUUCUGGUUAUAGCUCGAAUAUGUAUCGCUGGUGUUUAAAAUCAUUCGUUACGUUUUUUGUAAGCGGAAUGGAGGCACAAUCCUUAGCUUGUGGCACCGUGUACUCACAUCUUGAAGUAGUUUUUACCCUGCAACUGCCCAUAGUUGGAAUGAGAACAAUUUGUUGGUGCCAAGCCUUUCAUGUCAGUCAGGCUUGCUGUCUCCAUCUAAUUCCCGGCUUUUAAAGCGAUAUAACGACCCGUGUGUUAAAACAUAGGAAAGUGUAAAUUCCGUGAGACGUUGACAAAUGGAUCUGACAUUUUUAUUUCACGGCACGAUCGUAUUCGCUUGGGUGAUAUUUUGGAAAAUAUUUAUCAUUUGAAGAGGGUUUAACUUGUCGACGUUGAAAGUGCUCAGUAUGGUCCCAGUUAAGAAAGGUCACAAGUUUUUGAAUUUUUUUUUGUGAUUCAUAUGUGUUGAAAAUAAAUCUUUCCAACCUAGCAUUCUGAUGUUCGGCAAUAGUGCGCAUCUACUGAUACUGCAGACAUUUCAGUUACUAGACAAGGGAGAUAACAUAACUGAGUUUUCUUGUUUGUCUUUUCACUCUUAUGACCACGCAUCUGAAUCCAGAAUAGAAAUAGCAAUAUCGUCAAUAAAUCAUGAAAACAUCCAUAAAAUUCAAAUUCAUAAACAUAUCUCAGAUUCACUAAAGACUCGUCAUAAUAUGUGUCUUUUAGCAUCUUACACGAUAACAUCGUUUACCCCUCAAAGUCCACUGGAAAUACAUCGAGCUAUAUCGUUAUACAUACUUCGAGUGUACCGAACACAUACCGUAGUGUCGAUGUAGGAUUAUUUCGGGACCAUGAAUUGACAUCCUCCUUAGCGACACUUGGAGUUAAAGGAGUUCGAGUUACGAGGUUGCUCGCUCGAUUAAUUUGGUCUAUAAUUUACAGGAACCGGGACCAUCGAAAAUACAUCGAGUUAUGCGUACUUCGAGAGUACCGAACAUCUACCAUAGUGGCGGCAUAGCAGGGUCGGGACCAUGAAGUUUGUUCUCUAAGUCAUAUACUAGUUUAAAUGAGUCGAGAUAGCAAGGUUGCUUUCUAUUUGAUCAUGGUCGACAAUUCACAGCAAUCGGAAUACCUUCAGUGGCGGUCUGGAAAGUUAUGGUCACACUACAAGUCACUGAUGUUCCCAUUUCUUUCUGACAAUGCACCCCAUCCUUCUGACUUUUAUAUGUUUGAAUAAAGAUAAAACUUCAUGCAGUAAACUUCAUGACCAGAUCGUUUUACACGUGCAUCUAAAUACAUUUUGCCAGGGCUACGGUCAAACGUUUCCAAAUCUGACAGUUUGUACCUAUCUCAAAAUAUCUACAACGGGUGCCCAGGUAGGGUCGGGUAAUAGGGUGGUGGGUACCCGGGUAGUAAAUCUGGACUCGUCCCAGCCCUAUAAUCUAUAUCAAGUGGCGAAACAAUAAAUGUCAAUGCUGACCUAACAACAGAAAACUGACCCGAAAAGGUUUAGCCCCUGACCUCGAAUGGUGUCACCUGUCACGUGAUCAAUAUUGACUUUGUCUGCUAGGAAACAACAUGGCGUCUGUGAGUGGCAAUACAUGCGGUUAACGGUUCGACGAAUUUCUGAAGAUUUCUUGAAAAAGCUUGAAAACAGGGACAAAAACUGUGAAUUAAAUAAAAUUUGGUACAACCAAACAAUUGAUUAUAUAGGCUUAUAUAGGGACCAAACAUUAAGAUUCAUGUAUAUGGCUGUAUUCAUGGAUUGCAGUGAACAUAUCUGACUAAAUAACAAUGAAAUGGCUGGCCACCAGACAUUGACCACUUGAACAUUCUCCAGGCAUAUUAUUCAGCAUCUCAUUUGUGAAGUGCCAAGUAAAUGGAGAAGAUAUACCAUUAUUGUUACACUCAUUUAUCUUGACGAAACCAUGGACCCGCCCAUUGUGCAUGGACAUAUAGCAUGACACGUGACCGCAGCAUAAUUCCCAUAAUACACCCGAGUCUUUUCGUCAUUGUAACUUACUUACGUAUAUACAUAUGUAGACAUAAUAUUCAUGUAACAUACUUAUACUGUAGAUAUCAACUGUAUAUUUGUUUGUAAGUUUUGUACUACUUGAAAUUAAUAAAACUACUUAUUCUUA